UACCAACCCAUGUCUUCUUCUUCUUCUAAACUACUCUACUUCAUUAAUGAAGGUUGUGGCAGUUGGACUGUUUGCCCAUGCACGGAGGGAAGGUUUGAGUUUUAGCUGAGGUGAAGGGAUGUCUGAACAGAGCACUGGCCGUUCCCGUGGUAGGGCUCGUGGUAGAGCCAGAGGAGGAGUUGACCAGCCACAGAAAAGACCAGGAGAUGCUCCGCAGGCCCCUCCACCGUCGGCAGGUCGAGGACGGAGUAGAGGAGCAGUAGCCGAGUCGACGACGGUAGCUGCUGCCCCAUCCCAGGCAGCUCCGGCUGCCCCAACGGGAGGGCGCACCAGUCAUAGGGGAGGUGCAAGGUCUGCUGCUGAUGUAAAGAGUGCAACCACUGGUAUGGCACAGAUGAGUCUGGGAACUGGUGAUGCUCAGCCCCCAGGAAGAAAAGGACGAUCAAAUGAUGAUGAAGCAAAUACAAGACCAGCCCAUAUUUGUGACAAGUCAGGCUGUAGUGGGCAAGCUGUACAGUUGAUCUCGAAUUUCUUUGAGAUCACUCAGCACCGUCAAGGUUCCUUCCUCUACCAGUAUGCGGUGUCCUUCAAGCCGCCAAUUGAGAACAAAGGGCUGAGGAUUGCCCUGGUUAGCUCUCAUAAGGAGAUCAUCGGUGAAACAAGGGCAUUUGAUGGUGCACAACUUUUCCUGCCUCAUAAACUGCCAAACAAUCCCACAGUGUUCACUGCCGUCAGAAACUAUGACAACGAGAAGAUUGAAGUGUCAAUUCAGUUCGUUGAUGAGUUGCCACAGAGUUCUCCAACAUGUAUUCAGAUCAUGAACAUCAUCUUCAGAAAGGACCUUGCUAUAAUGGGAAUGAGGCAGAUUGGAAGGCACUACUUCAACCCAGAACAGAGUAUUUCAGUUGAGGAGCACAAGAUGGAGGUGUGGCCUGGAUUCUCCACCAGCAUCUGUCCGUACGAGAGUAAGGUCAUGCUGUGCAUUGAUUUGAGCCACAAGGUUCUGCGUAAGGCAACAGUACUCGAUCAAAUGUACGACAUCAGGCAGCGAAGCCGAGACCGCUUUAAAGAUGAGUGCAUCAAACAAAUCGUCGGAGAAAUUGUGCUUACAAAGUACAAUAAUAAGACCUACAGAGUUGACGAUAUUGACUGGAACCAGAAUCCCAGAUCAACCUUCAAAGCCCGGGACAAAGACUUGUCCUAUAUGGAUUAUUAUGAAAAAAAUCAUAAUAAGAAUAUUCAGGAUGAGGGGCAGCCAUUACUUGUAACGUUGCCAAAGAAGAGAGACAUAAGAGCUGGUCAAGAGGGACCUAUUUAUCUCAUCCCAGAGCUCUGUUAUUUGACCGGUUUGUCUGAUCAAAUCAGGAAUGACUUCCGGGUGAUGAGAGACCUUGCCACUCACACCAGGAUUGGGCCGAGCGGUCGGGUGGAUAGAUUGACAAAAUUCAUUUCCAAGCUCAGUGCCAAUCCUGAUGUGAAAAAGGAAAUGUCUGGAUGGGGUUUAGAAUUUGCCUCUCAUUUGGUCCGGGUUCCAGCGCGUCAGUUGCAUCCAGAGAAGAUCUUCCAGAAGCAAAAGACUUAUUCGUACAAGAUUCAGGAGGCCGACUGGACAAGAGAUAUGAGAGGCGCUCAGCUAAUCAGUGCCAUCGCAGUCCGGAACUGGGCAGUCAUAUACAGCCAGAGAGACUCCCAAACUGCCCAAGAUAUGGCUCAGACCAUCAUAAGAGUUGCUGACCCGAUGGGGAUGCGCAUGGCACCACCGGCACUGACGCAGCUGCGGGAUGACCGGGUGGAGAGCUAUGUGCAUGCUCUUCAGUCCGAGGUCACCAAAGAGACUCAGCUGGUUGUAUGUGUUGUUCCAAACAACAGAAAAGACAGAUAUGAUGCAAUAAAGAAGUUCUGCUGCGUUACACAUCCAGUUGCCAGCCAGGUUAUUGUUGGACGAACCAUUGCUAAGAAACAGAUGUUGAUGUCAGUUUGUACCAAGGUUGCCAUCCAACUCAACUGUAAAUUAGGUGGUGAAGUGUGGGCUCUUGAAAUUCCUCUGAAGAAUAGCAUGGUGAUCGGUAUUGACACAUACCACGAGCGCAAGCAACGAUCAGUAGGUGGAUUUGUCGCCAGCUUGAAUGCUUCCUACACAAGAUACUACAGCAAGGCUACUGUCUUUGAUGCCCAGCAGGAGGUCCAUGAUCAUCUAAAGUUUAUGAUGACCGGUGCCCUAACCAAGUACUUUACUGUGAACAAGGUUCUUCCAGACAAAAUCAUUGUUUAUCGUGAUGGUGUUGGAGAUGGACAGCUUGCUUGUAUUGCUCAAAAUGAGUUGCCGCAAGUGCUGGAUUCUAUCAGAUGUUUCGCGGCCGAGCUUGGCGUCGAUAAAUACCCACAGGUAACAAUGGUUGUGGUGAAGAAGAGGCUAUCUACAAGGUUCUUCCAGCAAAGUGGUAGAGAAGCUGGGAACCCACCCCCUGGCACUAUCGUUGAUGAUGUUGUGACCAGGAAGAACUGGUACGAUUUCUUUGUGAUCUCGCAGUCUGUUCGUCAAGGCACUGUGUCUCCCACUCACUACAACGUCAUCCAUGAUGGAACUGGUAUCAAGCCUGACCACAUUCAGAGACUCACCUACAAGCUUACUCAUCUGUACUAUAAUUGGCCCGGAACCAUCCGGGUGCCAGCGCCCUGCCAGUAUGCGCACAAGCUUGCCUUCUUGGUUGGCCAGUCGCUGAAGACCGAGCCCAGUCCGGCUCUUUCAGAAACCUUAUUCUACUUGUAGAAGGCUACUCUGGAACGAAGGAAGAAAGAGAACAACACAACUACUUCUAAUGAUAUUACAUGUCUCUGCUCACAUCAAUGAAAGCUAGAUGCUGCCAUGACUUUCAGUGUUUGUCGAUUCCUAGGGCUGCUGGAAUUGCCAUGCCUAAAGAUGUAGAUUCAUGAACAACUGGUUGUUGAUGCAUAAGCAGCUGUACAUGUAAGAAUGGUCAGCUUAAGCUAUGCAAAAGGUUUAGUUGUACGCAUAUAGCAUCUCAUCUACAUGCAUGUAUGUUGUUAACCAUGUAAGCCCUAGUUGAUCUGAAUAACAUCACGGUUAAAUUCUUUUCUGGUCAAGGGUCAGAAAGAACAAACAGACCUUGUCCAUUUCUCUAAAUAUUCUUCGACUUCCAAUGUAGAUGAGAAGUCUGAUUUUGUGCUGCUGGUAGUUGAUUCACUUGCAGGUGAAUUUUAUAGAAAGGAUUAUUGUAAUGUGUGUACUGGUGUUCUCAUUUGUAAAUAGUCUUUUUUUCUCUUGGUCGAAACUCCUAUGUAUGCUUUCCUGAUGUUUGUUGCUCUCGAAAGGAAAGAAAUCCUGUGAAGUCCACUUGAUGCAUACAUCUCCAUGAGUCACUGUGGCAUAAACUUGUUUCAGAUUUUGUACCGAUUUCAAAUUGGCAAGGGCAACAUGUAGGCCUGCAGGAGUUGUCGUUUUAGACCAAUGUUUUUUAUAAUUGGCAGUGUAGAAUCGUCAGAUUCUGUCUUAUGGAGUCUGAGGUUUGUUUUUUUCACCGUGCCCUGAAGUGUUGAAAUAAUUUGUGUUAAUAUGGAGGCAAUGAAUAAUUGCCCAUUUAUCUAGUUGGCAAUAGUUUUCGAGAAGAUUUGAAUGAUUGAUUAAGGAGUGAAAGUUGGUAAAGUCAAGAGUAGGAAGGACUUGUUUCUUUUGUUUUCAAUUAUCUAAAAUAUGUAAUUCUGAUAGAGACCAAGAGAAAUGUAAACAAACUGUAUCAACAUUCGUUACUGUAUGUCACAUUCUAUCGUGAUAUGGUAAUAUGAAGAGAAACAGUGUUUGGAAACUUUCCAUUGCUAUUUUUGUAACUUGUUAAUCAAAUUUUUAUACUUCAUCAGAAAAUUUCAUUUGUAUUUCUUGAAUAUUUUCGCUUUUUUAGUUGAGUUGCUAUUAGAGUGGGUCAAAGCAAAGAACCUACAUGUAUGUAGCGCCUUGAUCAUUGGUUCAGACUCCCAUCAAAAUCCUAAUGUUCCUUUAAAAGCUCACAACUGCCAAGUAGCUUGUAUAUUCAGCAGAUUCAUAGUUUCAAUCGGUUCUUGAUAGCUCAAGUGGUUUAGAGCAUUAGACCGACGAUUUAAAGAUCUAUGGUUCAAAUAGAUGUUUUGUAUAUUGUAAUCAACAACAUACUAUGUAGUUGGGAUUUGCCCCUUGUACUUGUAUAUUGUCAUCAAAAACGUACUAUGUAGUUGGGAUUUCCCCAUUGUACUUUUAAAAAAAUAUUUCAUUCAUA